AGCCUUAGGCAGUGCCAUCACCUGCCUCCUGGAAUUUCCCAGCCAUUGGACAAUCGUAGUAUCUGACCUGUCCACCUGUGUAGACAUUCCUGCAUUGACAAAUAUUUACUGCCCCUCCCUGCCUAACUGGGGGAGGCCUGGGCAGGCUGGGUGGAGCAGGCUGGGCUCCCUUUGGCCCAGGCCUGGGAGACAAACAGGAUGAAGAGUCCUGGUUAAACCCCUAAACCUAGCUCUGGGCAGGCUGGAAGCAGGCCAGCUGUAUCUGCCCCAGGCUUCAGUCUUCCAGCUUGACAGGGGCGGGGAGGCGGUGUGAGGAGGGGAAGCCCUGGCUCCUGCAUGGAUCAGGUUUGGGCUAGGGACCCAGCCAGCUCUAGGGGCCUACUUGGGGGCCUGCUGCCUCCUGGAGGCUCCCCUCCCAGCUCUGGGCCCUCACACUCCCUGGGUAGGGGACAUUUGGAGCAGGAGGGCUCUAGACACCCAAUUCCCACAGCAAAGAGUGUGUGUCCAGCCUGUGAGGACAGUGGGCCUGGGCACAGGUUCAGGAGGGGUGAGCACAGAUGGGGUGUGCGUGGGGUGAGGGGUGGCCAUCUGAGGGCACAUGGUAAGUGAGGGUAGAGUCAGACUUCUCUUUUGGGUUAAGUAUUGCCCCCCAGGAGUGUGUUUGGGGACAGAGUGCUGGGAUCUGUGGUCCCCUGAAGCUGAACCCCUGAUACAGGACAGAGGACAACUUAGUAUCCUUGUCACUUGAUCAUUCACUGAACCCCAACCCCUGUUGCUGCCUGCUUGGGCUCCCCCAUUGGGACUGGUCCUGGGGCUUUUCUAUCCUCGGCUCCCUUCUCCUCUGCCGUCUGCCAGCUGGACCCAGCAGCCUCCACUACUCCCCCUCUGUAGCCAGUAUUGUCCUGGGGCCACCUUGGCACCACAGGUUUCCUCCCUGGCAAACCUGCAUGACCAUUUGGCCUGCCUCCCUCCAGAGCCCAGGCGCUUUCGCUGACCUGACGUGGUGGUGUUGGGGCCAGAGAUUUAAGCAGCAGCCUCGUUGCUCCAGGGACCUCUCAGACCCCUUGUCCAGACUGGCAGCCUGGAGAGCAAAGAGGCUGCCUGAUCGAGGUGUCUGUCUGGAGCAGAUUCUGUGGACACCGGCUCCUACUGUCUGUGAGGGAGACCCCAGUUAUUUCCUUAGCUGUUUCAGCCAAGCCCUCCCCGCUUUUGUGGCCACCUCCCCAGGCAAGGUGUGGGGCUUCCAUCCGCUGAGAAAGGUACUUGCAGAGCCAUGAAGAAGCGGUAUGUGGUGCUGGCCCUGCUGGCCGUGGUCCUAGUGAUCUUCAUCAUCAUCCUGUGCCUUUGCCUGCUCUUGACCUCCAAGCCACAGAGCCACGUCUACCCCAGGGCAGCUGUGGCCACAGAUGCCAAGUAUUGCUCAGAGAUCGGGAGGGACAUGCUGAGGGACGGUGGCUCGGCGGUGGAUGCUGCCAUUGCGGCCCUGCUGUGUGUGGGGCUCAUGAACGCCCACAGCAUGGGCAUCGGGGGCGGCCUGUUCCUCACCAUCUACAACAGCACCACGCGAAAAGUUGAGAUCAUCAACGCCCGUGAGGUGGCCCCUGGGCUGGCCUCCGAAGGCAUGUUUAACAGCCCGGAGCAGUCACAGAAAGGGGGGCUGUCGGUGGCAGUUCCCGGUGAGAUCCGAGGCUAUGAGUUGGCCCACCAGCGGCAUGGGCGGCUGCCCUGGGCUCACCUCUUUCAGCCCAGCAUCCAGCUGGCCCGCCAGGGCUUCCCUGUGGGGAAGGGCUUGGCGGCAGCCCUGGAGAAAGACAGGGCUGUCAUCGAGGAACAGCCUGCACUGUGUGAGGUGUUCUGCCGGGAUGGGAAGGUGCUGCGGGAGGGGGACAGACUGACCAUGCCGCAGCUGGCCAACACAUACGAGACGCUGGCCUUGGAGGGAGCCCAGGCCUUCUACAACGGGAGCCUCACAGCCCAGAUUGUCAAGGACAUCCAGGCGGCCGGGGGCAUUAUGACCACCGAGGACCUGAACAACUACCGUGCCGAGCUGAUAGAGCAGCCACUGAACAUCAGCCUCGGGGACGCCCAGCUCUACGUGCCCAGUGCCCCACUCAGUGGGCCCGUGCUGGCUCUCAUCCUCAACAUCCUCAAGGGGUACAACUUCUCCCCAGCGAGUGUGGAGACACCCGAACAGAAGGGUCUGACCUACCACCGCAUUGUGGAGGCCUUCCGGUUUGCCUAUGCCAAGAGGACCCUGCUUGGGGACCCCAAGUUUGUCAAUAUGAUGGAGGUGGUCCGCAACAUGAGCUCCGAGUUCUUUGCCGCCCAGCUCCGGGCCCGGAUCUCUGAUGAUACCACUCACCCGUUCCCCUACUAUGAGCCUGAGUUCUACACGCCUGAUGAUGGUGGCACUGCCCACCUGUCCGUGGUUGCAGAGGACGGCAGCGCUGUGUCGGCCACCAGCACCAUCAACCUCUACUUUGGUUCUAAGGUACGAUCACGGGUCAGUGGGAUCCUCUUCAAUGAUGAAAUGGAUGACUUCAGCUCCCCCAACAUCAUCAACCAGUUCGGGGUGCCCCCCUCACCAGCCAACUUCAUCAAACCAGGGAAGCAGCCACUCUCAUCCAUGUGUCCAGCGAUCAUCGUGGGCCGGGAUGGCCAGGUCCGCAUGGUGGUGGGUGCCUCUGGGGGCACGAAAAUCACCACAGCCACUGCGCUGGCCAUCAUCCAUAACCUGUGGUUUGGCUACGAUGUGAAGCGGGCAGUAGAGGAGCCCCGACUGCACAACCAGCUUCUGCCUAACACCACGACCCUGGAGAAAGACACUGACCAGGCAGUGGUUGCAGCCCUGAAGACCCGGCACCACCACGCUGAGGUCACUUCCAACUUCAUCGCUGUGGUACAGGCCAUUGUCCACACGGCUGGUGGCUGGGCAGCUGCCUCAGAUUCCAGGAAAGGCGGGGAGCCUGCUGGCUACUGAGUACUCAGGGCGGGCAAGGCUGACUGGCGACCUAAGGAUGAGAUGUCCGCUGGGGCCAAAGUGGGACUUUGAGGGGAUUUGCUUCCCCUGUGAGUGACAAAGCAGUGCAAUAAAUGGGGGCCACACCAUCAGGCUCUGGGCAGCCUUGCCAGCCAGGCUCCCAUAUCCCUGGACCUCAGCAUCCUGUGUGUGUGAAAUGGAGCUGUCAGGUGGGGAAGGGUGAAGAGGUGGGAUUCAGAGGUCUUUACCCCUCAGGUGCUGGAGCUAGCCUCAGAAUUUUCAUGAGAGCCCAGUGGGAGGGUGGGUGAGGGGCGGGGCAGACCCAUACCAAACAUUAUCCUUCGGUACCCUGAGCCUCAGGGGCCAGGUCGCCGCUUUUCUGG